GAUUUCUCACUCUGAUUCUGUUAUGGAAAAACGCCAUUGAAAAACCACAAGGAAGAAACUAUGCUUCCCACAACCUCCUUCUCCCCAAGGAUUCUCAUUCCUCCAUCCUUUCGAUCAGAUUCCACUCUCUUACACUUCUCCAUCCAUAAGCCUAUUUCCGCCACUUCUACACCAUCACAAUCAUCUGUUCUAUCGGAGCCGCCUUCCACCUCCAAUGCCGCCGUUAACCUCCGUACAGCGCCAUGGAUGAAGGGUCCUCUCUACCUUCAACCCCAACAAGAAGAAGGCGUGGAUCUCGCAAAACCCGAAAGAAGAAAUGGCUCUGAUGGUAAUGGGGGCGAAAAGUGUUCUAGGGCUUUGGCUGAUGGAAGAAUUGAUAAAACUGGGAAAUACGCAAUGCGACGAAUUGCUAAGAGCAUCGGAAAGCUUCAGAAGAAUGGGGAUUCGGGAGAAACUCGGAUGAAAUUGGAGGAGGUUGAAUUUGGGGGUUUUUAUUUGGAGGGUUUUGAGGAGUCUGGAACUCGCCGGAGAAUGCCAUGGGAGAAGGAUAAUGGGAUUGUUUUGCGGAGGACUAAGAAGAAAACAGUGACUUCGGCGGAGUUGAAUCUUGAUAAAAUGUUGCUUGAGAGGUUGAGGAGUGCGGCUUCAAAAAUGGAGAAAUGGGUGAAAGUCAAUAAAGUUGGAGUUACUGAAGAUGUUGUGAAUAAGAUACAAUUCAUAUGGGAGAGAAAUGAGCUUGCUAUGCUGAAAUUUGAUGUGCCCUUGAGCCGCAAUAUGGAUAGAGCACGAGAAAUUGUUGAGAUGAAAACUGGAGGUAUGGUUGUCUGGAGUAAGAAGAACGGUCUUGUUGUUUACCGGGGUUGCAAUUAUCCACUGGGUUUGAAACAUAGUACAGAAAUGCAAGUAGAUAGCUCUUACUGUUCCAAAACACAGGUGAUGCAGCAGAAUCCGGUAAAGCUGGAAACGGACAGUGAUUUUUCAGGCAAACAUUAUGAAAAUGAUUUAAAUCAAAGUAUAAACGACAAUGAUGGUGAAUGGGAAGAAACUUCUACUUCUUUCUUGAUGCAUCAAGGAAAUUUCCAACCAUUGAGUGGAUCACUCUAUGAGAGGGAAACUGACCGACUAUUAGAUGACUUGGGCCCUCGCUUUAUUGAUUGGUGGAUGCACAAACCUCUGCCGGUUGAUGCUGACAUGCUUCCAGAGGUGGUUCCUGGAUAUAUGCCUCCAUUUAGGCGCUGUCCACCCUUUACUAAACCGAAUCUUACAGAUGCUGAACUACUACAUCUGAGGAAGCUAGCACAUUCCUUACCUACUCAUUUUGUCCUUGGGAGAAACAGAAAACUUCAAGGGUUAGCUGCUGCCAUCUUAAAAUUGUGGGAGAAAAGUCUGAUAGCUAAGAUUGCUUUGAAGUGGGGGGUUCCAAAUACAAACAAUGAGCAGAUGGCAUGUGAACUUAAGAGUCUCACAGGAGGAACAUUGCUGCUGCGCAACAAAUUUCUUAUUAUCCUUUACCGUGGCAAGGACUUCCUACCUGUUGGAGUUGCCAAUUCAAUAAUUCAAAGAGAAAUGGAGCUCCAAAGAUGGCAACUUCACGAGGAAAAUUCACGGCUAAAAGCCAGUGAACUUUUCUGUUUUGACACUGGAAACAUGGAAGAGAGAGCCAAGGCUGGAACUCUAUCAGAUUUUAAGGAUAUCACAGUGGAGUAUCAAGAUUUGUCAACUGGAAGCACAGAAUCAAAACUUCAAGCAGAUGCUGAAAAGGGAAAAAUAAUUAGGGAGUUAAGGAUGCAAGAGCGAAGACUUAGCAAUCUGAACUUUAAGGUAGAGAAGUCAAUAAAGGAGUUGACAAAGUUGAAUGCAUCUUGGAGGCAUGUUGAGCCAGAUGCAGAUCAGGAAUUUAUUACAAAUGAGGAGAGAAUAUGUUUUAGAAAGAUGGGAUUGAAGAUGGAUAGCUGCUUAACACUCGGUAGGCGUGGUAUCUUUGAUGGUGUUAUUGAAGGCUUGCAUCAACACUGGAAACACAGAGAGGUAGUAAAGGUGGUUACCAUGCAGAGAGCUUUUAAUCAGGUUAUUUAUACCGCAAAAUCGCUUGAAGCAGAAAGUGGUGGGAUUUUAGUAUCCGUGGACAAACUAAAAGAAGGCUAUGCAAUAAUUAUUUUCCGUGGAAAGAACUAUAAACGACCUCUACAUUCAGUGCCCAAGAAUCUCUUGACUAAAAGAAAAGCAUUAAGUAGGUCCUUGGAGAUGCAGAGAAUUGGAUCACUGAAGUUCUUUGCUAAUCAGAGACAGCAAAGAAUUUCUGAAUUACAACUCAAACUGGUGAGCAAUGAGUCCUCUUUAUAUUGGAAAUGUCUCAAAGAGAGGUGUCAUCUAUAAAUUCUCUAACUCAAUUGACGCUUCUAUAAACUGUGUUAUCUGAUAUUUUUCUCUGUUAUUAAACUGCUUUUUUCUUCUGCCUCGGGAAGUAGUUAAUACACUGUUAGUGAACCACGUAAAUCUCUUUUAUCAAUCUUUAUUGUUUACUCUUUCUUGCUUAUUUGUCUAUUUCACAACACAGAAGAACGUCCAUGAUAGUGAGGAGUAAAUUAAUGUUGAUAAAAGCACACUUCUUCACUUCUACAUUUGAAAUGUGGGCGAAUUGGGUAUGCUAAAGUGAUUCAAAAAACUGGUUGUCUCCCCAAGCUACUUUUUCUUUUCUUUUCUUUUUAACUACAUUUAUUUGUUUUUUUAUCGGUACGUUAGGCCUAUGAAGAACAACACAUCAGAGCUCCAUGUGAAUAAAGUUCGUUAGGCAGAGGCCCCAUACUCAAUAAUGGAUGCUUAAAAACUGUGAAGACAACAAAGAAGCUAAGACGGAGGGGAAGGAAUUCUUUACAAGUUGUGGAGCAUAAGUGGAUUUGUCUACUUCGUUUCUGGAAUGGAUACUGUAAGUGAAAAAUAUAAAGAGAAAUUCUUGUCUUCCAUUUAUUGACACGAAAUCAUAAUAGUGCUAAACUUUGUAUAACGAUCAACAAUGUCAUUCUUUUAUAUAUAUAUAUAGAACUUAUGUACAUAAA